AUGCUCAACUUCAUCUGCUUCAUCGUGACCUCCUCAUCAUUCGCCGUCGUCGCCGUCGACAUCGUGCUCUCGCUCAUGCUAAAGCUCACGCUCACACUGCAACCUCCGACACAUCUUGCUCCGAGAUCUCCUCUUCGGCCACUAGUUUCUCCACCACCGAAGGUUGAAUUUCCUUCUUCUCCUAGACAACGAUUGGCUCCUCUGGCUGCGGAUUCACUGGAUUCAGCGGCGAUUGGGGAGGUGGAAUGGCAGAGUAAUGUUGCUGUUGCGGCGACGGCAGCCUGUGGGGAUGCUUGGGAUUGGGGAUUUCGGAGGAGAGGACUUCCUUGA